UCACACUGAUUUUGGUUUGGUAAAUUGACAGAUUGGCCGAUUGACGUGUACAAAAAUGGAUUAGGAAAUUGAAACCGAAAAUCUUCAAUUAGUAAAUUUAUAACUCAACUAGUUUUAGGUCUGUUUUUCCUGUGAUCUAUCAUGGAGGAGGAACUACUCUCUUCUGGAAGCAAAAAAGGUUUCUUUUACCAAUUUUGUGCCAGGAUUUCACAGUGGUACCAGGGAGUGGUGGACAGGACAGUACCUUGGCGAAAAGUUCGAUGGUUGUCUGCAAUCCUACUGGUCGUUGGUUUUUUGGUCAGAGUGCUUUUAGCACAGUUUCUAGCUGAAGACAAUGGCCCUGAACUGCCAACAAGAGCAAAUGAAGAAUUUAGACCUUUCAUUAGGAGGUUACCUGAAUUUAAAUUCUGGUAUUCAGUUACUAAGAGUACAGUAAUUGGAAUUAUCUGUACAUUCUUCGAAUGUUUCAAUAUACCAGUUUUCUGGCCAAUUCUGGUGAUGUACUUCAUCACUUUGUUUUGUAUCACAAUGAAAAGGCAAAUCAGGCAUAUGAUUAAAUACCGUUACUUACCAUUCACCCAUGGGAAACCUAAGUAUCAAGGACAUGAAGAAACAACAGGAAAAGUUAUCACCACCCCAAAGUGACAGAAUAAUGAAAUAAAAUGUAAAGGAGGCAUAACCAAAAACAUGUCAACUUUUGUACAGGAAAGGCGUGCUUACACUCGAAAAGGACAGUAUAGAAAUAGAAUCUUUUCCACGAAAGAAACAAAAUUAUUGUUUUUUUGUUAUUUGUAUAUUUUACUGUGAAUAUCUCUUCAGGUAUUUUCUUUGUGAAUUAUUUUUAAGUAUUACAAGCUAAAUUGUUUGAUGAAAAGUGUAAUGAGUUGAUGGGCGUUUAUUUCUAUUUCACUAAUAUUUUGUCUCUUCUGGUAAGAAAUAAAUUAUUUACCACCCUGCUCUCACCUACCUAAUGAGUGAAAAUUUCAAUGUACAAAGUUGCAGUCUCAUAAAUUAUGUACCUAGCUAAGCUGUUUAUUAUAAUACAUUUCAAAAUUAUUUAUGUUUUUGUUAUAUAUUUUGUAUUAUUGAGUGUGUGAAAAAAAAUUAGGACCACUUUUUUGGAAACAGCUGUUCAGAAGUUCAUUUAGUUUCAUUAAUUCCUGAACAAUUGGGGUAUAAAAAGCAGACAUGAAAAGUAUAAAAAGCAGACAUGAAAAACACAAUCUCCAUUGUUUCUUCUCCCAGAAAAGAAAAGCAUUACAUAAUGGAAUGGUUUAGGUUAUGAAAGGUUUUAUAUAACCCCUAGUUAUAUUUAUUUAUGUAACCUUAAACAAUAACAGUAAAUUUUA